AUGUCGCGGCCAGGAGAUAGACCGAAUCAAGCACAAACAUACAAGCUUGUCGUCGUCGGCGGGGGUGGAGUAGGAAAAAGCGCUAUUACAAUACAAUUUAUACAGAGCUAUUUUGUAACCGAUUAUGACCCUACUAUUGAAGAUAGUUAUACCAAGCAAUGUGUCAUUGAUGAUAUUCCAGCAAAGCUUGAUAUUUUGGACACUGCCGGCCAGGAGGAGUUUAGUGCGAUGCGGGAACAAUACAUGAGGUCUGGAGAAGGGUUUCUCUUAGUUUUCUCAGUGGCUGAUCAUGCCAGUUUCGAUGAACUGUUCAAGUUCCACAAACAAAUAUUGCGGGUUAAAGAUAGAGAUGAAUUUCCAAUGUUGAUGGUUGGAAAUAAAGCUGAUCUAGAACACCAAAGAGUUGUAACUUUAGAUGAAGCACAGGCUUUGUCUCGUCAACUAAAAAUCCCGUAUAUUGAAUGCAGUGCAAAAGCCAGAAUGAAUGUAGAUCAAGCCUUUCAUGAACUCGUAAGACUUGUCCGAAGAUUUCAAGAGGCAGAGAGAAUCCACAUUAAGUCCGAACACAGAAAUAAAAAGAAAAAAUGCACCAUUUUGUAA